AUGGUAAGGAGCAGUGUGGGAACAACAGAGGAGUUCUGUGUGAGAGUGGGUCUGCACCAGGGAUCUUCUCUGAGCCCAUAUCUGUGCAACCUACUCAUGGGUGAUAGUGUUCAAAACAUAAAGGAGGAGGCACCGUGGACCAUGUUGUUCGCGGAUGACAUCUUCUUGGUGGAUGAAAGUAGAGAUGGGGUAGAGAGAAAGUUGGAGAGAUGGCGAGGAGCACUGGAAGGGAGAGGUUUGAGAAUUAGCAGGGAGAAGACCGAGUAUCUGAAUUUUAAUGGUCGACAGGAGAGCGAGGUAUGGAUGCAAGAUAUAAAGUUAAAGGGUGUCAAGGAGUUCAGAUACUUGGGCUCUCAUAUAUCAGCGGACGGCAGCCUGGAUGGAGAGAUCAUUCACCGUAUCCAAUAG